AUGUCGUCAAUUUUUCCUUAUCGCUUCUACUCGAGAAGAGUGAAACUUCUUCUACGAUUGCGCCCUGGGAGAUUAUUUUGGCUUCUUCUGGCAAUUCUAAACGUCAAGUGUUUGCCCUUAGUAUGGCAUUAUCGAUUCUUCAUUCCCAUAAUAGCAGCCGCCCUUCGUAAACCAAUCACUCAGUCCAUGGUCCAGCGCCAAAAAGAUGAAGUACCUCUGGUGUUUCUACCGAUUAUUACCAAGACGAAAGUACCUAUACUAGAGGGCGACUUUAAUCUUCACAAGUCCAACAGCACUUACUUUACAGAUCUGGACUCGAGUCGAUCCAUUCUUCUCUCAUUUCUUGUCUUCCACGGAAUGUCCAAAACCCACAAGGAGCUCGCGGCCGAAGGGAAGAAUGGUGUGAUGACAGUCAUGCUGGGUUCUACUUAUACACAUUUUAAGAGAGAGAUACCCACGGGUCAUCCCUAUGAAGUUUGGUCGCGAGUUUUGACCUGGGAUCACAAAUGGUUAUACAUUGUGACCCAUUUCGUCCGCAAGGACAAAAUCCUACCCCGAGCUUCCAUCACCGAAAUUAUAAACAGUAGAACGACAGAAACGGCGAAUGAAAAAGUUCUUCGCAAACAUUGUGGGAUGAUAAAAGCCCUAUCUCAGGGUGAACUUGAAUCGUCGGUGUUUGCGACUUCAAUCUCCAAGUGCGUAUUCAAGAAGGGACGAAUGACUGUUUCCCCAGAACGCGUGCUUUCUGCGUCGGAGCUGUUAUCAAAUACAACUUCCGAUGCAUCUCCAAUAGAUUUGACUGCACCACAUGAUAGCCUCCGUAUGGAGGCAAACGAAUUGCUGCAGAACAGAAUAACAGCUCAAAGCAGCAACGGCGAACUUGCUGCAGAAAUAGAGGAGCAAAGAGCUAAGGGAAUGAGAUUCACCUACCUCUUAUCUGAAUUAGAGGACUUGCAAGGCUGUUUGUUGAAGGAUCAAGAGGUUUCGAAUGGUGUCAUUACAUUAGGGACCUUCAGCGAACUUGGUCACAGUGUAUUUACGGAACCUGUUGAUACCAAUGCGCGAACUGUUGUUGAACAAGAGUUCUACUAUUUCCCGAACAACUUCGAUCUCAGGCCGCAACUCUCUGUCGAUACAUCAAAUCUCUGGUGGUAA